AUGGCCGACGAGGUGAAUCACGUCGACCCACCAGCUGUCGCCUGCCCCACGCCAAAGAAAAAUAAGCCUAUGAAGAAUCCUCGGUCGGAGCUCACGCCGGCGAAGAUCGCCAAGCUCAACACCGGAUCGGCCAAGAGGAGGGGCCGACAAACUAUUACGGCGGAGAAGAAGGCCUCCGCCGAGUACGCUGCUGGGAACUUUGGAGGAAAUGAUGAGAAAAAGGAUGCGAGGGAGGAGAGGAAGACCAAAGGGAAGGAUGAGCAAAUGAAGAUAUAUCUAGAUCUUCAAACGAAGAAGCUUGACAUGGAGGAGGCCAUGAAGAGGAGGAAGCUUGACAUCGAAGAGGCCACUCAACUCAAGAAGCUAGAGAUCGAGGCCACCCAUGCCGACACAAAAGCCAAGGAGGUGGCACUCGCGUUGAUGAGCGUCGACAAGAACAACAUGUCACUGGAGAGGAAGGCUUCAUUCGCGAACCGGCAGAAGGAGAUGUUCGCCCGCGACGGCCUGAACUAG